AUGGAAGGUGCCCAACACACUCCAAAGAACCAAGGACCUGGGAGUGGUGAUGAUCACCAAUAUGAGGAUAUUGACAGCAAUCGUGAUCAGACAGGGCAGGGCCAGUCCCAGGCCAUCACUGAAUCCAACACAAACACCACAGCUACUAUAAUGACCACUGUGGCCUGUAGUCAUGAUCAGACAGGGCAGGGUCAGUCUCAGGCCAUCACUGAAUCCAACACAAGCACCACAGCUACUGUAAUGACCACUGGUGAUGAUCACCAGUAUGAAGAUAUUGACAAUCCAGGUGUUAAGACACGACAGGGUCAGUCUCAGGCCAACACUGCAUCCAACACAAACACCACAGCUACUGUAAUGGCCAGUGGUCAUGAUCAGACAGGGCAGGGUCAGUCUCAGGCCAUCACUGCAUCCAACACAAACACCACAGCUACAGUAAUGACCAGGGGUCAUGGGAAAUAUAAGUUCAACUAA